AGAAAUCUAAAUCCGAUCGUAAUUCAAAAACAGAAAAAACGCAAACAACAAAACCAACAAAGUCAUCAACAAAGUCGGCUGCGGCAUCCAUGACAUUAACCAUGACAACAUUAUCUUUAGAUACACCAGUAAAAACAGAACCAUCGGUUACAUCAUCCUUUAAAGCAUCACCGCAAUCUGAACGGGAGACAUCAAUAAAAGAAUAUCCACAGCAACAUUUAAUUAAAGAAUGGCGUUGGGCUCAUUAUGGUCAAACGGAAACACGUUCAGUUCAUAAUGAUCAAUAUAAAGUAGCACCUCAAUCACCUAAAGCAAUGCAAGGAGUCGAAAAGAUUCCAUCAAUCAACACUCAUCCGCCACAAUCUACGCAAUCUACGCAAUCUACGACUGCAUCAUUUCUUCCUCCUCCUCCUCUUGAUAUUCCUAUUUCCUCAAAUUUCACUAGAUAUGAUAAGAAUGUAUGGAGUUUAGUUAAUGGAUUAACCAAUUUGUAA